AUGGCUGCUGUCAAGGGGCUGCGGGAGAAGAAGGAUCGAGUGGCGCUGCUUCAGCAGAUUGACAUCUGCGACAAAGAUGCCGAGGAAGCCGAGGCAAAGCAGGAUCACAAGGGUCUCUUGGUUGCCAAUGAGAAGAGCUUACACUUUCGCCGCCAAGUCUAUGGUGAGGGUUCGCAUGAAGUCGCCGGAGCCAUGCAACGAAUUUGUAAGGACUACAACAAAGUUGCUCUGUCCUUGAUGCAGCGGAAUGAAUUCAAAGCAGCCGAAAAGCUGUUGGCGCGAGCAGAGGAGGCAGCAGCCGACGAAGUCGCUUUGUCUGCCACCUGGAACAACUUCGCAUGCCUGUACAGGCGCAACAAGAAGCUGCGCUCAGCCGUCGCGUACCUGGAGCGAGCGUUGGCCAUUGAGGAGCGCUCUUGCAGCCCCCUCACAGCGCAGAGCCACUUGAACUUGUGUGCCACGCUUUCGCAGCUUGCUCGCCAUGGUGAGGCAUUGGAUCAUGCCCAGAAAGCCUUGAUCAAGAUUUACGAGGUCUUUGUGCCACGAGUCUGCGACGGCGCAGCACUUGAAAAGGGAGACUUGGAUGAAGCCUUGGCACUUUUAUGUGUUGCGUAUCACAACAAAGGUGUGGAGCAUGAGCAUAUGCUUCAAAUGGAAAUGGCCUUGGAGGCCUAUGCUUCGGGUUGCCAAUGGGCGGCGAGGCUUGCCGGUGGCUGCAACCAGCUGUCUCGCACUCUUCACCGGGCCGCACAAGAGGUGAAGGCAAAGAUCCCACUGCCUGCGGCUGGCCUCGCGAAGUUCGACUGGCUUUUGUCAAGGUCACCACCACGCCCGGGCACAGCAACGAGCGAUCACCUGGCUGCUCUCCUAACACCCAAAGGAUUGCGGCCCAGGAGUGCCCCAGCAGACGGUCCCGGCCUCUUCAACUCUGGGACCUUGCAUGAGAAAAGGAAAUUCUCCAGAGCUAUUUUAUGUCAGAACCGUCUUUCUGCGAAAGAGUGUUUUGAACGUCUAGCGGAGCAUCUUCUCAGCUGA